CAAAUAACAGAAUUCCGUCCACUACUAUCCUCUCCCUCACCAGAAUAUUCUCACGCCGGCGAUAAUGUCACUUCUAAACCACACCGCAACCUUCUCCAGCUGCCGGAAACUGCCCGUCCGGUUCAACGCAGUCAACGCGUCAAAACACACACAGUUUCGAAUCUCGUGCUCGAACUCUCAUUUAUCUAAUAAGUGGAAGAGACCAUACACUAGCGUAUUGAUAGUGCCAACAGGUGUGGGUGCUUCAAUCGGAGGUUACGCCGGUGACGCUUUACCGGUUGCUCGAACCCUUGCUUCUGUUGCCGAUUGCGUCAUCUCUCAUCCUAACGUUCUUAAUGCAGCAAUGCUUUACUGGCCAAUGCCAAAUGUUUUGUAUGUGGAAGGUUAUGCUCUUGAUAGAUUUGCUGAAAACCUAUGGGCUCUGCAACCAGUUCACCAGAACAAGGUGGGAUUGGUUCUUGAUGCAGGAAUUGAAGAAGACCUAAGAAUCCGCCAUUUACAAGUAGUUGAUGCAGCAAGGGCUUCUCUUGGUUUGCCGAUUCUUGAGUAUAUCGUCACCGACACACCUUUAGAGGUGGAAAAGUGGGCCGAUCCAAAGAACGGGCAGGCAACAGGGAGGAUAAAGCAUCCCGAUUCCCUACUAAGGGCAGUACAGUCAUUGCGUGAUCGAUCGGUAAAUGCGGUUGCUGUUGUGGCCCGUUUUCCAGACGAUGAUGUGGAUGAUGUCGACGAGUAUAGACAAGGAAAGGGAAUUGAUCUACUGGCAGGAGUUGAAGCCAUAAUAAGCCAUUUAGUGGUGAAGAAUUUCAGAAUCCCGUGUGCACACGCUCCUGCCCUGUUACCUCCUCCACGCACCCAAUCAUUGUGUCCAAAAUCUGCUGCCGAAGAAUUGGGAUACACAUUCUUGCCAUGUGUGCUUGCGGGAUUAGCUAAUGCACCACAAUACUUGACUAAUAAGUUCAACUUUCAAGAAAAUGGUUGCAUAGUGGCAAAUGACGUUGAUAGUAUCAUUCUCCCGGCAGAUGCAUGUGGCGGAGACGCUGUUCUUGCAUUUGCGAGUAAAAAAACCAAGCCGGUUAUUAUUUGCGUGCAAGAGAAUGAAACUGUGCUGAAUGACACACCAGAUAAACUCGGGAUCGAUGUGAUUAAGGUUUCAAACUACUGGGAAGCUAUAGGAGUUGUUGCUGCUCACAAGGCUGGGGUAGACCCAAAUGCACUCAGAAGGGACAAAAUCAAGAACAUUAGUUCUAAUUCCUUGGUUUCUUCAAAUGGUUUUGUGCCUUCAGUUUCUACAACAUUUUCUUGAUUAAAUUCAGUAAAAACAGAAUUAGCAUACUUGUAUAUGAACUGAUUAAAUAGUUAAUGGGCUAGAACAGGAUCCAAUUUAAAACGGGCUGAUGAUUCGUUUGGAGUUACGGGUUAAGAUAUGGAUGGACAUGUCUUAACGGGCCGGACGCUUUGGCAAAGGGCCGACUCAUGAAGUUAAAUUUCUUGGACUGGAGCCCCAAUUUUGAAUUUUUUUGUCCCCUAAUUUUCUUGUUCUUGUAUACUUCCAUAUGUUGUUGUAUAACACGUUUAUUAUGGAUUAUUAAUCCACUA